UCUUCUCCGAAUCAGACAUAUCAGCAGCACCUUUCGAUUUCUCCACCAAUCCCUUCAACGAAAGACAUGGCGGAUUUUAUAACUUCUACGCACCGGGCGAAGUGGAUCUUUACUCCCCAUGAAUUGAAAGAUAAGUAUAAGGUUGCUAAUCAUAGAGCAAAACAGAUGCUUGAGAAGUAUGGAGCAACAAGGGUGGAUGUUGAUCUUGAUGGCUCGUUGGCGUAUCCCGAGCUUCAAAGUGAUGUAAAGGAAAAUGCUGAGAAGCAUUCUCGUACAAAGCCUCUUAAGAUAGACGAGGAACAACUUCUGCGUGCGUUUUACGAGUUCAAAAUUCAAGACGUAUGUGACGCCUUCAAAUUCCCUCGAAAAAUACAGGCAACAGCUCUUAUAUAUUUCAAAAGGUUCUAUCUGCAAUGGUCAGUGAUGGAACAUCAUCCGAAAGACAUCAUGUUGACUUGCAUAUAUACGGCCUGUAAAGCAGAAGAAAACCACGUAUCAGCCGAAGAGCUUGGUAAGGGAAUCGAUCAGGAUCAUCAAGUGAUUCUCAAUAACGAGAUGAUUGUUCUACAGUCUCUCGGAUUUGAUCUUAUUGUCUAUUCACCCUACCACUCCAUUGACGGUUUUAUCAACGAUAUGGAGGAUUUUAUCUACUCAAACAACGGUCAACUUCAACAUCUGAAGGAUUUACACGAGACCGCGAAGAUGGUAGCUGAUAAGACGAUGCGAACAGAGGCGUCUCUUUUGUUUUCUCCUGGUCAGCUGGCGUUGGCUGCUCUGCGUAGAGCGAACGAGGAGUACCCGGUUGUUAACUUUGAAAGAUACCUGAACAACAUUCUUUCUCGUCAGCAUCCAGCACGGCCCGUUCCUGAGCUCACUAUUAACAAGGCAUAA